GGCAUUUUAGAACUGACUACAUUGCACAGAUGAUGGACAUUUCCUUAUGUUUGAAACGACCAUCCUGGAUGGGGGACAGUAAAAGAAUGAGGAUGACUUCAAAUUUCCAGUGGCUCUUAUUAACAGUUCUUCUUCUAUAUUUAAUGAAUCAAGUAAACAGCCAGAAAAGAAGGACUCCUCGUGAUUUGAAGUGUAUAACUAACAAUUUACAAGUGUGGGACUGCUCUUGGAGAGCACCCUCUGGAGCAGGCCAUGGUGCUGCUUAUGAAGUUUGCUUUGAAAACGGGUCCCAUUCUUGUUAUCGAUUGGAGAAAAAUAUUAAAAUCCCAGCUCUUUUACCUGGUGAUCAUGAAAUAACAAUAAACCCUUUACAUGAUUUUGGAAGUUUUAUAAGUAAAUUCACACUAAAUGAAAAAAAUGUUUCCUUCAUUCCAGAUGUUCCAGAGAUCGUGGAUUUGUCUGCUGAUUUCUCAACUUCUACAUUACACCUAAAGUGGAAUGACAAGGGUUCUGUUUUUCCACAUCACUCAAAUGUCAUCUGGGAAAUCAAAGUUCUACGUAAAAAGAAUAUGGAAAUCGUAAAAUCAGUGACCCACAAUACAACCCUGAAUGGCAGAGAUACAAUUCAUCACUGGAGCUGGACCUCAGACAUGCCCUUGGAGUGCGCCACUCACUAUGUGGGAAUUAGAUGCUACAUUGAUGAUCCUCAGUUCUCUGGUCGCAAAGAGUGGAGCGACUGGAGCCCACUGAAGAACAUCUCUUGGUCUCCUGAUUCUCAGACUAAGGUUUUUCCUCAAGACAGAGUGCUACUUGUAGGCUCAGAUAUAACAGUAUGUUGUGUGACUCAAGAAAAAGUGUUAUCAGCACAGAUUGGCAGUACAUAUUGUCCCCUUAUCCAUCUUGAUGGGGAAAAUGUUGCAAUCAAGAUCCGUAAUAUUUCUGCUUCCGAAAGUAGUGGAACAAAUGUGGUUUUCUCCGUAGAAGAUAACAUGUUUGGAACAGUUAUUUUUGCAGGAUAUCCACCUGAUAUUCCUCAAAAACUGAACUGUGAGACAUAUGACUUAAAAGAGAUUAUAUGCACUUGGAAUCCAGGAAGACCGACGUUCUUGGUGGGCCCACGCAAUACAAGUUACACUUUAUUUGAAAGUUUUUCAGGAAAAUAUGUUAGAUUUAAAAGAGUUGAGUUGCCCACAAAUGAAAGCUAUCAGUUAUUCUUUCAAAUGCUUCCAAAUCAAGAAAUAUACAAUUUUACGUUGAAUGCUCGAAAUCCUCUGGGUCAAUCAGAAUCAACACUUUUAGUUAACAUAACUGAAAAAGUUCAUCCCCAUAUUCCUACUUCAAUCAAAGUGAAGGAUAUCAGUUCAACAGCUGUUACACUUUCCUGGCAUUUACCGGGCAGCUUUGCAAAGAUUAAACUGUUAUGUCAAAUUGAAAUUAAUAAAACUAACUCAGUACAUGAAAUGCGGAAUGUCACAAUGAAAGGAAUAGAAAAUUCAAGUUAUCUUGCUGCUGUGGAUAAGUUAAAUCCAUAUACUAUAUAUACUUUUCGGAUUCGUUGUUGUACUGACCCCUUCUGGAAAUGGAGCAAGUGGAGCAAUGAAAAACAAUAUUUAACCACAGAAGCCAUUCCUUCAAAGGGACCAGAUACUUGGAGAGAGUGGAGUUCUGACGGAAGAAAUUUAAUAAUAUAUUGGAAGCCUUUACCCAUUAAUGAAGCUAAUGGAAAAAUACUCUCCUAUAAUGUAUCAUGUUCAUCCGACGAGGAAACACAAUCCCUUUCUGAAAUUCCUGAUCCUCAACAUAAGGCAGAAAUACAACUUGAUAAAAGUGACUACAUCAUCAGUGUGGUGGCAAAAAAUUCUGUGGGCUCAUCGCCACCUUCUAAAAUAGCUAGUAUGGAAAUUCCAAAUGAUGAUCUCAAAAUAGAGCAGGCUGUUGGAAUGGGAAAUGGGAUUCUGCUCACUUGGAAUUAUGACCCCAACGUGACUUGUGACUAUGUAAUUAAAUGGUGUAACUCAUCUCGGUCUGAGCCGUGCCUCAUGGACUGGAAAAAAGUCCCUUCAAACAGCACUGAAACUGUAAUAGAAUCUGAUCAGUUUCGACCAGGUGUAAGAUAUAAUUUUUUCGUGUACGUGUGCAGAAAUCAAGGAUAUCAAUUACUGCGUUCUAUAAUUGGAUAUGUAGAGGAAUUGGCUCCAGUUGUUGCACCAAAUUUUACUGUUGAGGAUACGUCUGCAGAUUCGAUAUUAGUGAAAUGGGAAGAAAUUCCUGUGGAAGAGCUUAGAGGCUUUUUAAGAGGGUAUUUAUUUUACUUUGAAAAAGGAGAGAGAGACACAUCUAAGAUGAGGGUUUUGGAAUCGGGUCGUUCUGACAUAAAGGUUAAGAAUAUUACCGACAUAUCCCAGAAGACACUGAGAAUUGCUGAUCUUCAAGGUAAAACAAGUUACCAUCUGGUCUUGCGAGCCUAUACAGAUGGAGGAAUGGGGCCAGAGAAGAGCAUGUUUGUGGUGACAAAGGAAAAUUCUGUGGCAUUGAUUAUCGCCAUUCUCAUCCCAGUGGCAGUGGCUGUCAUUGUCGGAGUGGUAACGAGUAUCCUUUGCUAUCGGAAACGAGAAUGGAUUAAAGAAACCUUCUACCCUGAUAUUCCAAAUCCAGAAAAUUGUAAAGCUUUACAGUUUCAAAAGAGUGUCUGUGAGGGAAACAGCGCUCUUAAAACAUUGGAAAUGAAUCCUUGUACCCCAAAUAAUGUCGAGGUUCUGGAAACUCGAUCAACAGUUCCUAAAAUAGAAGAUACAGAAAUAAUUUCUCCAGUAGCUGAGCGUCCAGAAGAUAACACGGAUAUGCAACCGGAAAACCAUGUGGUUGUAUCCUAUUGUCCACCGGUCAUUGAGGAAGAGAUAGUGAACCCAGGAGCGGAUGAAGCCGGAGGGGCCUCACAAGUCAUUUACAUUGACAUUCAGUCCAUGUACCAGCCUCAGGCAAAACCAGAGGAAGAACCCAAAAACGACCCUGUAGGGGGGACAGGCUAUAAGCCACAAAUGCACCUCCUCGUUACUUCUACUGUAGAAGAUCUGGCUGCAGAUGAUGAUUUAGACAAAACUGCAGGUUACAGACCUCAGGCAAAUGUAAAUACUUGGAACUUAGUAUCUCCAGACUCACCUAGGUCCACAGACAGCAACAGUGAAAUUGUCUCUUUUGGAAGUCCAUGCUCCAUUAACUCCCGACAAUUUUUGAUUCCUCCUAAAGAUGAAGAUUCUCCUAAAUCUAAUGGAGGAGGCUGGUCCUUCACAAACUUUUUUCAGAACAAACCGAACGAUUAACAGUGUCUCCCUGUCACUUCAGUCUACCAUCUCAAUGAGCUCCUGUUGCCAGGUCAGCACUGGGCGCCUUGGAGGGAUCCUGUGAAGUGUUGCUAAGCGAGGUGGACUUCACUCAUGCAAGUUACACUGAAAGUGUUAAUGUGCUUCUGAUGUGGUCUCAAAGCCAAAACACAGUAACUCAGAAAUUCAGUCCACACAACUCACAGUUUGGAGCUAUUUGUGAUUCGAGCCAAAGAAUUCUCACGUUGCUUUACCUUUAGGAAGCAUUUCAAUAACGGAUACUGCCUGGUCCAUACGUGCAAAACAAAUCCCACAGCAACUGUAUUCUGUUCUGUUGUUCAUCAGGUUUUCUCAUGCAUAUACCUUAUGGAAUUAUAAGCAGAUUUGCAGGCAAGGGAGAAAAAUGUCAGAGUAACAGAUGAAGUUUAUUUGCCUGACAUUUGCUCCAUUCUAGAUGAAAAACAAGCACAGAUUUUAAAACUUUUAACAUUAUUCUCUAUCCACAGCAUUUAAGAAAACUAAUAUAAUUUUUAAUGUAUCAACAGCAACACCUGUUUAGUGUUUUGUUUGAUAAAGUAUGUUGAUUUCUGUGCCUACUGUAUAAUGGUUACCAAACAGUUUUCUCAGGGGUACAAACUUGGAAAACAAGCGUGACACUGACCAGCUCAAAUCAGAAUCAUGUUUUCUUGCUUUAGAA